CUAGUUGGUACAGUGACAACAGCGUUGCGGUUCUAAAAUGAACAACGACAACCUUCAUUUUUGAACGCCGCCAUAGAGAUUGGAAACCUCUUGGCUGUUUUUUUCUUUUUUUUUUUCCCUUUUUUUUUUUCUUUUUUUGUUUGCCUUUUUUUUUUGUCGGUGCAUUUGGAAUUCUAUUGUUGGCCUCACUAUGUCAAGCGUGGUCAUUACCGCCUUGUCGGACUCUGUUUUGCAGUCAUCCGCUUUGUCGGUUGUGUUCUUGCCACUAGGCCGCCUGCUGGUUACAGUUGAACAGCGCUAAAGAACAUUCUCUUUCUACAAAACCAAAACGGCGGAGGAUUUUAUAUGCAGUUUGGCGCGCCCUGUGACCUAACUGACCGCAGUUGAGUUGUGUUUCCUUGUUGGUUACGUGCGUGUGCAUUGCGUGACAUCUACGACGAAGGAAAAAAAGGGAAAGAAAAAGAACAUCAAUUCAUUAUCUGUGUGAGGUGGACGGAGAUAGACAUGGUUUGGUGCAGAAUAAUGGACUGCUUCGUUCGAAGGAUGAUCUUAUCUCAUCAUCUUGCCGCAACAGUCAUGCUUUAUUCAGGACUUCUCAUUUUGAGCAUUGCGAUGGUCAACGCCAGCCAAUCAGAUACCAACUGGCGGGAUAAUAAGCCUCUUCAACAACAGCGACAAUGGCGAGAUCAGAGCCGCGAGCAACAGCAGGACGUCGAGUAUGGAGACGAUUCGUCAUCGGCGACGGCGGCCGAACAGCAACGGAUCCAGGCUCAAGAAAUGGCCGCCUACCACAAGCGGUUGGCUUCCCUGUCGCUGCCUGAAGCUCAGCGUCUCACGCAGAUCGACCUCAAGCACAGCGACAGCCACGUCACGGCCCAAGUCGGCCAUCCGGCCUAUCUAAAAUGCGCCGUCAGUAAUCAAGGCGAUCAAUUGGUUUCCUGGGCUAGGAGACGAGAUUGGCACAUUUUGACUUCAGGUCGGCACGUUUUCACGGCAGACGAACGCUUUCAAAUUUUGAAGCCGGUCGAAGAUCACGAACAAUCGCUGCGUCCUGUUCCGCACCAGCCCAAUUUGACCGAGUGGAUUUUGCAGAUCCAGUUCGUCCAGCAGCGUGACGGCGGCUUCUACCUUUGCCAAGUACCUACCGACUUGGGAUUGGUAUCCCAUCAAGUUCAACUAGAAGUUCUCGUUCCUGACGUGUUUAUCCUGGGGCCAAAGGACCUCAUCGUUGACCGCGGAACGACACUCAGUCUCGUCUGCAUCGUCGAAAACAGUCCGAUCCCGCCGGAUUAUGUCUUUUGGUUCCACAACGAGAAUCUGUUAAAUUUCCAACCGAAACGUGAUGGAGUCAAAGUGGAGACGGACUACGGGAGCAGGACGCACAGCAAGCUGGAGAUCAAGGACGCCAACGAAUCCGAUACGGGCAAUUAUACCUGUAGCACAUCCAGCGGCAAGCCCUACUCCAUUUACGUCCAAGUUCUAGCAGGUGAUCAAGCGGCAGCCAUGUCUCGGAAGAACAGCGCGCAAGGCCACAUCUCUUUUCCUGGUUGCGGAGCCGGCCAUCAACUGACAUUGGCUCACUUGUUGGUAGCGGUGCAUCUUAGUCUCGCCUUGAUUCACAUCGGCAGAUAAUUGCCAUUCAUGUUUGCAAAAAGAUAGAGGGAAUGUAAAAAUCAUUUUUGUCUGCGUUCAAAUUAUGGUUAGGUAUACCUGCUCCCGGCCAAACGGGACCCUCUCAUAAAGAGGAAGGAAGACGAUCGUCUACAAGUAAGUGGGAAUUGAGCAGUGACCGUCAAUUGUUUCGGUCACUAUUUAGACAAGAUUUACCUGUUGGUUGGUGAACGAAGAAAAUCAGAUUUCCAAUUCUUGAUGUUCCCCGUCAUCAAACGAAAAAAAAUUAUGACCUAUGAAUGACGUUUUUGCCAUGAUUUAUCGUUUUGAUUUUUCGUCUUUGACCGGAAAUUUCCUAUUACAGUUUCCCCCAUCCCUUCAUCCUAUCCCGUGAAAGUGCUCACUGGUCGAGCUCCAACAGCCAAUUUAAGGUUUAUGUUGUGUAAUUUGUAUUAUAUAAUUACGAUUCUUUCCAGGACAAAAACAAAUAAAAAAAAGAGGAAAAAAAAAAUGCAGCAAAAAAAAAAACAAAGGCAAAAACAAACAAAAAGUAAAAUGAAAUAAACAAGAUAAACUCGAAACAAAUUAAGUGAAAUUCAAUUCAGGCCGUACGUUGUUGCGCGCACCUGACUGUAUAAUGUGACACAGGAAGAGACUGUUUGUAUUACCAAAAGAAGAGAAAACUAAGGGAAAAAAAAGAGAUGGAACAUGUAAACUAGCCGACAUCGUACAAUUGAACUUUCGGCUCGUGCUUUUCUCAUCAUAAAACACUCGAUCCUUGAUUUCACGUGUCCUCCAAAAGACACACCACACCUUUUCCAUUCUGUGUGAUUUCAAUAGAAAAUCGAUGCAAUUGCAGUUCUUAAUCACUGAAUCAAUACCCUGACUUUGUUUUUCAAAGUGUCAGUGCAUUCGUAUUUAAAUACUUUAUAUAAAACCGUGUGUAUAUGUAUGCAUACAAAUAUGUACUGGCUGUGCUGCGUAACUACUAUAAUUGAAUGUGUUUUUUGCUUACGAUUUGUUUCUAUUACAUUUCGUGGAGAAAAAAAAUUCUACCCCCUGCAGCGACAGCAAUUGGUUCUUGAGGAAUGUAAAGAUCGGCGAAUAAAUGAACAAUUUUCUAUUGUA